GUGGCUCACCUGUCGCCCCACCCACCGGGUUUCCCCGGAGCUCCUAGGUCCCCGGGUGGAGUUGAGACCGGACCUGGGCUGGGGAUGCGGUGCCUCCAGGCCGGCGAUCGUCUCCUCCCCGCGGUGCCCUGGGGCAGGUCGGACCGUAUCACCGAAGGUCCUCGGGCCUGUGGAGCGCAUACACAACACGGGAGUGGUAACAGUGCUGGGUCCUCGCGGAGCGAACAAAUCUUAAAAGUUGUGCUGACUUUUCGGUCAUCCAAAGCUCCAGGCUGUACCAUGUUUUACAGAUUUAGUGGGCAUGCUGGGGAAGUUCCUGAACUUGGUGACUCCCCUAAACUUAGGGUGAACUAGGAGAAUCCCACCUAGUUAACUGGGCCAAAAUAACUGUACAGUCCUUAACAUAAAAGCCCCUCGAGCCUAGCGAGGGACGUGGGCUGCUGGCUGUUGGCGAUAUUUCCCCCAAAGAGGGGGGCCCCCUUGCCAAAUAGGAAAAGGUCCAAUUCAUCCUAUUUUGCGUGACGUAUACACCUGGAUCUCAUUUUUCAUCUACUUUGCAGUUAACAAAUUUAAAACCCUGGCUAAGCCAGAAGAGCAGAACUGGGACCCUGCUGACCACCACUGGAUUUAAAGACUCAAUGGUGCUUGCAUUCCAUGAGGUUUGAGCCUCGUGGCUCGCCAUCCGGAUUAUCCAGCUGCAGCGUGAGCGCGUUCCCGCGCUUUCUUGCGUGUGGGGGGUCAGAGGGCGCCGCACAGGCGCACGGAGUCAAGGCCGCAGACAUGGGCGAGGCGGGCAGCGCGACGGAAGCCUGCGGGAUGGCGGGAUGAAGCGACGGCGACGGACGGACGUGGAGUUUGAAUCGUUGUGCCUUCCGAAGGCCCUGACUGCUUGCUGCAGGGCUUUGGUUCGGUGUGAGAAAAUAGGGAAGAAUUCGUUAGAGUCAGAAAGAAGGACUUGGACCGGCUGACAACUGAAGUGAUGCAAAUACGGGACUUCUUGCCCAGAAUACUAAAUGGGGAGGUCCUGGAAGGCUUCCAGAAACUAAAGAUUUUAGAAAAAAACUUGGAAAUGAAAGAACAAGAAUUGGAGCAGCUCAGACUGGACCGCGAGCAUUUCAAAGCCCGGCUGGAAACCUUACAGGCUGACAGCGGGAGGGAGAAGGAGGAGAAACUGGCCCUUCGACAGCAGCUUAAUGAAGCAAAGCAGCAGCUCUUGCAGCAGGCAGAAUACUGUACAGAAAUGGGAGCAGCCACCUGCACCCUGCUGUGGGGCGUCACCAGCAGUGAGGAGGUCGUCAAAGCCAUCCUGGGAGGAGAUAAAGCUUUGAAGUUUUUCAACAUCACUGGCCAAACGAUGGAGAGUUUUGUGAAGUCACUGGAUGGGGAUGUCAAAGAGCUUGAUUCUAAUGAGAAUCAGUUUGUUUUUGCUUUGGCUGGAAUUGUAACAAAUGUUGCUGCCAUAGCCUGUGGCCGGGAGUUCCUGGUCAGUUCCAGUCGGGUGCUCUUGGACACCAUGUUGCAGCUUCUGGGGGACUUGAAGCCAGGACAGUGCACCAAACUCAAAGUCUGCUGCUUCUGGUACCUGAGAACUUCUUGGGCUCUGGCCCUGUCGGCGAUUCCUUCUGCUGGGUGUUACUGGUUAAUGCUGAUGUCCCUGUACAAUGUGAGCAUCAAUUUGAAAGGCUUAAAAUACAUCAGUGAGAGCCCUGGAUUCAUCCCUUUGCUGUGGUGGCUUUUGAGUGACCCAGAUGCAGAAGUGUGUCUUCAUGCCCUGCGGCUUGUCCAGUCCGUAGUUCUGGAGCCAGAAGUCUUCUCCAAGUCAGCCUCCGAGUUCCAGAACUCACUGCCCCUGCCGCGCAUCCUGGCCAUGUCCAAGAGCCGCAACCCCCGCCUGCAGAUGGCGGCACAGGAGCUCCUGGAAGACCUCCGAGCCCUGGAGUGUGAUGUGUAGUCCCCACCCCACACCCCAGCCUCCUCACUGGGUGUUCAGUCAUCGCCAUGUACCACGCACUAGAGGGGGCAGAUUGCUGGACUAGAGACGGACAUGAAGAGGGGUGUGUCCCACAGCACUUCCUCCCUCUGGAAGUGGCAUCCUGUGGUAGUGUUAAUCUUGCCAGAGGGGGAGCCAAAGAAGACCCCAUCCUUCUGUACUCCCUGGAAGAGGGCUUUCUUGGCCAGUAGCCUGUCUGUGACCUGUGGGGUCACCUGGAAAAAUGGGAGAUUCGUAACCAUCUACCUCAUGGUUAGCAUUUUCCUGAGGUGCAUUUCUCUGAAAAACAAUUCAUUCUGUCUCUAGUAAUUAUAAUUAACCCCCCAAAUGCAGGAUUGCCUUAAUUACCUUUGGUAAACCUGUGAUUCCAGAUGACAUCGGAAUUUUAGCUCUAUAUUUUUUGUGCCUCCUUUAUUCUUGAAUAAAGCCAGAGUUAGUGUUUGCAGUGA